AUCACUCAACCGUACGCCAGGCAGUAAAAGACCCCAACAGACACCGCCACCGCCAACUCAGCCAUUCCAGCAUCUCACCGCCUGUUGUAAUACCGCUACACUCACCGCCUCGCACUCGCAGUCUUCCACAGUUCAACCGCCCGAUAUCCCGCUAGCCAUGUCCGCCAGCCUUACUCUCUACAUUGACUACGUGUCCCAGCCUUCCCGUUCCCUAGUGUUUCUGUGUAGGGCUAUUAAGGCGCCCCACCAGGAGAAGGUAGUCAGUCUGGUGAAAGGGGAGCACCAGAACAAGGCUUACGCCGACGUCAACCCCUUCAAGAAAGUCCCGGCGGUGCAGGAUGGAGACUUGCUUAUCCUAGAGAGUUGCUCUGCCCUGCGGUACAUCGCUAGCAAGUAUGACGCGGCCGGCACCUGGUACCCCUCUGACCUGAAGACGCGCUGCAAGGUGGAUGAGUACCUGGACUGGCAACACCUCAACACCAGAGCUCACGGCGUCGGCUACUACAUGAACAAGGUGUUGGUACCCAUGAUGAAGGGCUCACCACCAGACAUGGCAUUGGUGGAGAAACACGAGAAGGAGAUGGGCCGCGUGGAGGAGCUCUUUGCCAGCUACUUCCUGGGCGACAAGCCGUUCAUCACUGGCAACACACCCACCAUCGCGGAUCUGCAGGCGGCCACGGAGUUUGAGCAGCCCCAAGCAGCAGGGUACACGUUGGCCAAGACCACGAAGGAGUACCUGGAGAGGGUGAGGGAGGCGGUGGGCGCAGAGAUGUACGACUCACUGCACGAGGCGCCCAAGGAACUGGCGAAGAAGGCGCUGCAGUGAUGUGGGGUUUGUGAUUGGUGAUUUGGUGAUUCCUUUCUCUCUCUCUCUCUCUCUCUCUCUCUCUCUCGCGUUUUGCUUGUUUGUUAGUGAUUCGUGGGUGCAAAUACAGGUUUCUCAAAGA